GUAGUUUUCAAAUCAUGAAAUUUUAUACAAAAUUAUAAUGGGUUAAUAAAUUGAUACAUUAUAAUAGGAUGAUGAGAAAGGAAAUAUUAUAGGUUGGUGUAGAGAAACAAUUGAAAAGUUGAAUGAGAAAUUUUUUUGGAGAAAAUAACAUGAGGAUGGCGAUUAAAAAAUUGUUAAAUAUCAAUGGAUUUGGCAUUAUCUAAAAGUAAAGUUAAUGAUGAAGAAUGGUAAUCGACACAUUCUUUAUAACCAGGAUAUUUAAUAUAUUGUUAUUAUGUUAUUUAUGGUAGAAUGCAACAAUUAUCGUAACUUUAAAGGAUGAA